AUGUUCAAAACGGAGACUGCACCCUUCACAUUCUCUCCGUACAUCGUCAUCCAGGGCAGACUCCUUGAAGGCCCCCUUUACGACGAAGCAAGGAACGAAUGCCGCUUCAUUGACAUAAUCGACCACAAGCUAUACACGUUCAACCCAUCCCGAGGUCCAGAAUCCCUGAAAGCGGUGACAACGCAAGAGACGAUCGGUGUCACAGCCAACAUCAAAGGCUCCACCACAGAGCAAAUUGUCGGAGCACGGCAUGGCUUGGCCACUCUGAACGCCGGUACUGGCGAAGUAAACCUCCGCUGCAACGACGGCGCCGUCGACUCGCGUGGCCGUUUCUGGGUAGGCGCCAUGAACGACCCCUUGCUGGUCAAAGAAGAUCUACCUCACGGAUUCCUCAUGCGUCUCGAUCCAGAUCAUACCGUACAUCGCAUGGUCGACUGUGCAUUCGCACCUAAUGGCAUUGGCUGGAAUAGCACCGAUAACAUUAUGUACUGGACCGACAGCCAUCCGCAGAAUAUCUACGCCUUUGACUUCGAUGGUGACUCGGGGGCUAUCAGUGGUAAGAGGGUGUUCUGGAACUCCAAGACUGCGGGGUUUGGGGAUGAUGUCAAUCCUGAUGGGUUGGUGGUUGAUGAGUAUGAUCAUGUGUGGACUGCGCUUUGGAGGGGGUACAAGGUGGUGCGUAUUAACCCGCAAGGAGUCAUCGUUGGAGAGGUCUGCUUACCAACUGCUUAUGUGACUUGCCCUAUUUUCGUUGGGACAGAGCUGGUAAUUACAACCGCUAGGAACCCGAAGGUACAGAAAGAGGGAAUAGAACGAGGUGGGGAUUUGUAUAUAGUAGAUGUCGGGAUCACGGGUCCGGCGAAGCAUGAGUUUAGACUACAGUAG